AUGGACGAUGAACGACUUGAAAGCCAUGUUAAGCGUGCCCAGGAAUUGAUCGGAAAUGACACAAAAGAAGUCCCUGCGUUUUGGAUCAAUAAAUACAAAAAAGAGGCAGCCAAGAACUGGGACAUGUUCUAUAGACGCAACACAACCAAGUUCUUCAAGGAUCGUCACUGGACCAACCGUGAGUUUGAGGACCUUGCUUACCAAGAAGGUCAAUCAAAGGUUUGCCUAGAGGUUGGAUGUGGUGUUGGCAACUUUGUAUUCCCGGCUCUUAUCGAGAACCCUGGCCUCUUUAUCUACGCAUGUGACUUUUCGAAACGAGCUGUUGACAUGGUUAAAGACAACGAACAUUAUGAUGAAUCUCGCUGCAAAGCAUUUGUGUGCGACUUGACUCAAGAUUCACUUACUGAUAAUAUACCUGCAGAAAGCUUGGAUCUAGUGUCCGCCAUCUUCGUCUUCUCGGCAAUCCCUCCCGAGAAGUUCGCCUUUGCCAUCCAAAACAUCUUCAAAGUUUUGAAGCCUGGAGGAGCAGUUCUGUUCCGUGAUUAUGGUCUAUAUGAUGAAGCACAACUCAAGUUUAGUGCAGCAUCUGAUAAGAAACUCGAGAGCAACCUUUAUGUACGCCAGGAUGGCACCAUGAGUUAUUUCUUCUCUCUCGAAGAUCUCCAGUCUCGAUUUGAAGCUGAAGGGUUCAAGACAUUAAAGAACGAGUACAUCUAUAGAGAAACGACCAAUAGGCGCCUAGAACUCAACGUUGAUCGUAUAUUUGCUCAAGCGAAAUUCCAAAAGCCGUUGGCAUAG